AUGUCGUUCCCCGCCGGAGUCAAGCCCUUUGCUGAGCGCCCCCUGCCCAACACCAUCUGCAUGUUCGAUGUCGACGGCACCUUGUCCCUCGCCCGCCAGUCGGCCACCCCAGAGAUGAUCGCCACGCUCAAGGCCCUCCGCGAGAAGUGUGCCAUCGCCUUUGUCGGCGGCUCGGACCUCAAGAAGAUCGUCGAGCAGCUCGGCGGCGACAACCCCGGCGACGUUGCGGGUGUCCUCAACGCGUUCGACUUUGGCUUCGCCGAGAACGGCCUCACUGCCUACCGCCUCAGCAAGGAGCUCAAGCCCGCCAGCUUCAUCGAGCACGUCGGCGAGGACGAGUACAAGAAGCUUGUCAACUUUAUCCUGCGCUACCUCUCGGACGUCGAUGUCCCUGUCAAGCGUGGCACCUUUGUCGAGUUCCGCAAGGGCAUGAUCAACGUCUCGCCCAUCGGCCGUAACGCGUCCACCGAGGAGCGCAACGCCUUUGAGGAGUUUGACAAGAAGGCCGGUGUCCGCGCCGCCAUGGUCAAGGCUCUCCAGGACAAGUUCCAGCACCUCGGCCUCACCUACUCGAUCGGCGGCCAGAUCUCCUUUGACGUCUUCCCCACCGGCUGGGACAAGACCUACUCGCUCGGCCGUCUCGAGGGCGAGGGCUUCACCGACAUUCACUUCUUCGGCGACAAGACCUACAAGGGCGGCAACGACUAUGAGAUUUACACCGACGACCGCACCAACGGCCACGCGGUCACCAACCCCGACGACACCAUGAAGCUCCUCAACGAGCUCUUCCUGUCCAAGUAG